GUGUGUCAAUUAAAAUAAAAAAACAGUUAAAAAACGUCUGUUUUUAAUAAAAAAAUCGUCCGUCUGGUGAUUUAUUUUUCUGACGUUGGUCGUGGUCAAUUAAAGUUACUGGUCUUUAGUUUAAAAAAGUCGUGUUUUUGAAGCUUAUUUGUUCUUUCACAGAAUGGCGUCAUUCUCUGUGAUAAAUUUGCAAGGUUACGAAGCCAUAAUCCACGAGAAACUUUUCGCAAACAUUAAGCAAUUAACUUAUGUUUAUCCACCAACCCAAGACUUCCAUGAGGUUUUCAGGGAAGAUAUGUUUAAAAAAAAUAACAAGGCAGCCUUCCAACAAGUCACCAACUACCUUUUCAAUGUCCUAAGUCCUGAGUUGACCAGAGAAAAGCUCAAAUCCUGGCCCCCAUACGACACCAAAGGAGAGCGAGAGUUUAGACAAGAGGUGGUGGCAUUUGUUGAUUACUUGAAUGAAAAUUACAAAGCGGCGAACAUUCCUAAGCUAAUGCCAUCUCUUUUUGUUUCACCUGGUGGCAUAAAGGUGGCCAAAUUCAUGUUUAAAUUGUCGACGUUCGUCUUGCAUGAGCAUUUAAAAAAGAACAUGAAAGAGGGCAAAUUAUUGUCUCCCAUCAGACCUUGUAAAAAUCCAGCCGUUAAUGCAAUAAUUAUAGAAAACUUGAAUAGAACAACGUCAGUUAUAAAAAAAAGAACGUCAGAAACUGCCACCAACUUCCACAAAUUCUCGGCAGAGGCAUUUGCAGAAGCCCAGCGAAUUGUGGAGCAAGUGGAGAGGAUUAAAAGACAGGAAAUGGCCGAAGUCACCAAGGCGUUAGACGAAGAGAAAAAGAAAAAUCUCGAAUCAAUUGAUUUGGAAAAGUUGCAAGGAAAAAUGGCACAAAUGGAAAAUAUUAAAAGCAUGUGUGAGAGAGCAAACGAGCUCCUGGAUGUCAUAAUGAAUGAUAAUCAACUGGAACUUGAUAAAGAAAAUACUCCCGACUUGGAUUUGCUGCAGUUGUUCAAUGAUUUAAAUGAGUUCCUUGAAAAGGAACGUUUCCAAAUACCAACUUUGUUACAGGAAGAUAUGAAAGAUAUGGUUCAACGCUUGUCAGAGCUCACAGAAAACUACAAACAACUUAUCAUUAAUAUGGAGCACGACAAGAAGGAACUCGAAAAAUUGGCAGAAAAUUCUGUUAUCUAAUAAAGAUUGAAAUUACUUUACAUUUUUUGUACCAUAAUAAUAAAAAUAAAUUUUUUGUAUUACCUU